CAGAACGGAAGAUGGGUAGGGAGAGGUGAUGAAUGGGAUGAGAGGAAAAAUUAGACACUACAGAAGCAGACGGCUGGAGAAGAAGGGAGGCGUUAGAUGGAGCGAAGAUAGAGGCCGUGAUUUGACAUUUGAGAUCGCUUUAUGAUAAAUAAUGACUAAUUGGCUAUUUUUCUCAUUUAAAUUUACUUCAACAUAGAAUUUCAUAUUCGCAAGGCCUUACUGACCAUGGCAUUAAAGAUGCUGCUUGCUGCUGUGAUUUGUUCUGAUCUGGCACUAGAGGACUAGAUAGGCUAGAGGUGAUGAUGGAGCCAUGAGAAUGCACCAAGUCUUUUUGCGAAAACUGAUGGGAGAUGAAGCCUACUCGACAUAAAAAAAUAUAUUUUCCCAGUAGCUAAAUUAUUUUGUUAUUGUUGCAGAUUUACUUCUGUUAGUGCCAUGCAAUGAAGCGUUUUGAUAAGCUGUAGGAGGCAUUUUGAUGGCACUUACGACGCCAGGGAAAGAUACAACGAGUACAUUUUGGAAUUUUGAACAGUCGGACCUUUCAAAGUGAGAUGCAGGAAUGAAUGUUCAGCAUUUUUCUCGCCCGAGGAUAACUGCGGUGCAGGCAGCUGGUCACAUUCUAAGAGCGGUGUCAUCUUUGGAGAGUAGAGAAAUAGAAGGCAACGGAGGGAAGCGCUGAUCUGUAGCGCCUAAUACUAAGUCCGUAUUUAACCAAGUGGAUAUUUCAAGCCUAUUUUUGCAGACGAGGAGAUUGUGUGCUGCCAAUGUCAAUGCAAAUGGUCCCUAUUUUUCUUGCCCUUUUAAGUGUAAAAUGAGGCUCGCCCUACACUGGAAUAAAGAAACGUCUGUCAAUCAUGUAUGUGCGGCUCGGUAGCCGACAUUAGCUUAGCUGCUACCCUACGUGCUUUAGCUGCUUAUUGAGCAUGAUUGAAGAGUGCAUUUCAGUAAGCUAACGACAACACCGAUGUUUUCUAUCAUCAUGCAUGCACCGACACGUUUUUAUGGGUGAGCUUUGAAAAAACACCCCAUCAUAUAGCGUAGAACAGACAAGAAAGCCAUGUCGGCGUGAAGGGAGCCGCACUGACUAUCUCGAAUUCCCCUUUUUAAGCUGCCACCGUCAACUGCGCUGUGAAGAGCCGCUUUUUGGAGAGGAAAACAGCGGCUUGUUCACUCCGCCUUUGGAGUCCUCGGCGACCACGGACUGAAUAUUUUCCCUUCGACGAACCAACCAAGCAAAAUGGGAGAGCAGCCUAUCUUCAGUACGAGGGCCCAUGUCUUCCAGAUCGACCCCACCACCAAGAAGAACUGGGUUCCCACUAGCAAACACGCCGUCACGGUCUCCUACUUCUAUGACAGCACGCGUAACGUCUACCGCAUCAUCAGUCUGGAUGGCUCCAAGGCAAUUAUCAACAGCACCAUCACCCCCAACAUGACCUUCACCAAGACCUCCCAGAAGUUUGGCCAGUGGGCCGACAGCCGAGCAAACACUGUCUAUGGCCUGGGCUUCUCUUCAGAGAACCAUCUGCUUAAGUUUGCAGAGAAGUUUGCGGAGUUUAAAGAGGCAGCCCGGUUAGCCAAGGAGAAAUCCCAAGAGAAGAUGGAACUCACCAGUACCCCGUCUCAGGAGUCGGCCACCGGUGACCUACAGUCACCUUUGACCCCGGAGAGCAUCAACGGUACUGAUGACGAGAGGGGCACCACCCCCGAAACACCACAGCACCCCCCCGAACCCCAUGCAGAGCCGUCCCAGAACCAGCUGCCCUUCUCCCACAGUUCGUCCAGUAUUAACAAGCACUGGGAGGCUGAACUAGCAGCCCUGAAGGGCAACAAUGCCAAGCUAACAGCGGCUCUGCUGGAGUCCACAGCCAAUGUCAAACAGUGGAAACAACAACUGGCUGCUUACCAGGAGGAGGCUGAGAGACUACACAAAAGGGUGACAGAGCUUGAGUGUGUGAGCGGUCAGACAACGGUGAUCAAAUCCCAGAAGACCGAGCUCAACCACACCAUAGAGGAACUGGAGCUGGCCUUAAAGGGCAAGGAGGAGGAACUGGAGAGGCUGAAGGAGGAAGUAGAGAGUGCCAAUGAGUUCCAGACUCAAAAGGAAUCGCUAACACAGAAACUACAGGAAACUGAGGAGAGGAACCAGACCUUGGAGGCUCAACUGGGGGAGUUGGAGCAGCGUCUGGAGGGCAGUCAGCUGGAGAGAGAGGCCUUCAGGAAGAGUUUGCGCUCCCUGCUGGAGCUUCUCGAUGGAAAGAUCUUUGAGCUAACAGAGCUCAGAGACAGCCUGGCCAGACUCAUUGAGGGCAGCAGCUAGAGACGAGAAAAGUGCUACAACGUUGCCCCCUAGUGAAGCAACAUCAUCACCACCGUCAUUACGACACAGUGACAGGAGAAUGAAUGCUAGUCAGUACACAGGGGCACAGUAUACAAAUAUUCACACUGUUAUUAGUACACACAGUCAUUCUGCACUCUGCUGUUAACAUGUACAUUAAUGGUGAAUAGUUAGAAUUGCUUGCUUGAAUUCCCUCUUUUUGGUUCAUGUUUACUAAACAUGCACAUUGCUGGUACAUCUGUACUGUAAACAUAAAAACACACAUUUAUGUGCGCUCAAGCACUCCACACACACGCACACUUCACAGAGGUCCUGUCAAGGCCAUGCUUGGCCAGCGCCUUUCAUCUUCUCUCUCCCGGUGGAAUGGUCUUUGCUCUCUGACUACAGGUUACAGAAUACAAACUGCUGAAAUGUGUAUUUUCUCUAGCUUUUUUUGCCAAGUCUGGCUAGCAUUUCAUAGACCAAGACAUUGAAUAGGCUGGGUUGUUUUGAUUUGGGGUUUUCUACCGUCAUAGAAAAGGGAAGCCCUAAUUUUCUACGUUUAUUUGGUGCAAGUUCAGUUAUGUCAUCCAGAGUCGGUGGUGAGUGUUUUGUUUGUGUUUACUCUUCGCUUUUGUCUGCCACGCAUUCAGGUCUGUUUUCUAACUACUCUACAUCUACCGGUAUAUUAAUAUAUUAUUACUACAGUACUAUUAUUGCUCGGGUUACUAUGGAGAUAUAAUUGUCAGCCAAAUGGGGAGUGGGAUCGGCUGUGGUCAUGGAGAUGUAGAUAGUCUGACUCAGUGGUCUCCACAGCGUAUCACUGGACUCUACAGCCGUUUGUUUUGAGGCCCCACCUGACGCUGGACUAGGGCUAAGUGUCUGGGGUCAGACAGAUGACUUCCCCGUGACCUUGUUAUUUAACACUCCCAGUGAUCUCUCUCAUUACAAGAGGUCAGCCAAGAAUGAGGACAGAUCUGGGAACAACUUCUAUACUAAAUGAGCAAUACAAAAAGGGAGUGUCAAGAAGAAAAAGAAACAUGUUCAAUCUCACUUUCAGGUAUUUUCCUCCUCUUCUGGGGAAAUAUAAGGAGAGACAAGGUGGAAACAACACCCCCCCAAGGCCAGAAGCUGGGGUUUGGGUCAGCAGUGACUAUAAAACAGUCUUUCCUUUCUAUAAACUUUUUUUAUUACAAAUACUAAUAUAUCAAAUUUAUAGUGCACUUGUGAAAAUGGAAUUGUAUGUUUGGGUGAAUCCAAAAUUGAAUUUUUUAAUUUUCCCUCCACUUGUUUUAGUUGCGACUUGAAGUGCAAUGAUCGAUUGGUUCCUUUGUUUUCCCUUAAUUUAUUACUCCAGCUAUAUUAUAAUCACAGAAUAUGACAAUUGUAUGAAACAAAUGUUUUGUUUGAACCUGAAAUUCUUUUCACUUUUUCUUUUUUUAAUGUCUGGUAUGUGGGUAUCAAGGUUGUUUGUUUUAUUAGCUGAGAAAAAAGAUUGGCAAUAUUUUUGAACUAUUUAAAAAGGAAACAGAUUUAUAGACACUUGAGCGCAGCAGGCGAGAUUUGCAGAGAGACUUUCUUUCCUUUUGCCAAAUAUGUUUCCUGUACAGAAUAUACAUUUUGCUGACGUUGCCUUUGAUACAAAGAUGCAUCAACGGUAGCUAACUACGGUACUUGUGUGGGGUUUAUUAUUGCCAAAAAUCUGUGAUAAUAUAUAAAAAUAAAUUAAACUACAUGUAUACCUGAAGAACACUAUUUAAGGGCUUGUUGCUGGCUCUGGUAUCUUUGGGAGACUUGAAGGGGGUUUCUGGGUUGUUGGCUUUAUCAUAGUGUCUGUAUUCCCUGCUACAGGUUGAAAGGGAAAAAUGUUUGAGUAAUAAUUCUAAAUGUUCAUUAUACUACACAAUUAAACACAAUUGUAACUCAGUUUAUAGUAAAAAAAAUAAUAAUAAUACUUGAGAAAACAAAGG